AUGGCUUCAAGCAAAGCCUCGCGGCUUGGGGAGGAAGUCUGGAAGACACGCAUGGACAAGGUCAACGCCGAGCUCGUGGUUCUCACCUACGGCACCAUCGUUGCGCAGCUCUGCAAGGACUUUGACAGCGACUAUGUAGAGGUCAACAAGCAGCUCGAUAAGAUGGGCUACAACAUUGGCCUACGGUUAAUUGAAGACUACCUCGCCAAAUCGAAUACGGUCCGGCGGUGUUCCAAUUUCCGCGAGACAGCAGAGAUGAUUGCGAAGGUCGGGUUCAAGAUAUUCCUCAACAUCACACCCAACAUCACAAAUUGGACGAGCGACGGCAAGCAGUUUUCCCUCAUCUUCGACGAAAAUCCCUUCGCCGACUUUGUUGAACUACCCGACGACGGGCGCGCUCAGGACGAAUUGUGGUACUCCAACAUACUAUGCGGUGUAUUACGCGGUGCUCUAGAAAUGGUACAGAUGCAAGUGGAGGCUCAUUUCGUCAGCGACGUGCUGCGGGGGAAUGAUACGACUGAGAUGCGCAUCAGCUUGAUACGAUACAUCGACGACGAGCUUCCGCCAGAGGAUGACUAG